AUGAAAUCAUCAUUUUAAGCUUGCAGAAGCACAUACAACAAGUCCCAUCGAAACUAUUCUGUUAGACCUACUUCUUCUUUGGCAGAAGAGAAUUAAGUAAGGAAUUUCAGACUGUUUUCUUAAACUUAAGGAUGUUCCAUUACAACUAACUAACCCCAAAGAAUAGAACUACCCUGUUUUUUUAAUACUCCAGCUAGAUUUAAGAACAUGAAUAAAAAUAAAAUUCAAUUGUCCGAAAAAUAAAAUGAUCCAAAAAGCCUUUAGACUCCUGAAUUGUGUAUUUAUCUACAAGCUCAAAGACGAUUGAAAGAUUAUGAGAUGCUGGCAUUUGCAUGUAAAAGAGCUGGCAAAAUCAAAGAUGAAGGAAGAGCCUACUAUAGUAUGGGUGUGUUAUUGGACAAUAUGGGUAAAUGGAGUUAAGCUAUAUAAUAAUAUGAGAGAUUUCUAAAAAUAUGCUCUAAAAUAGAUGACUAACAUGGAUGUGGUUUAGCUUAUAAUUGUAUAGGAGUAGACUAUUAGUUCAUGGCUGAAACGAAUCCAAAGUUUAUUGAAAAAGCAAUUGAUUUUCAUAAAAAACACGAAGAAGUUUCAGAUAGCAAUGGUAAAUUUUUGGCAUCAAUAAACCUGGGUUUGUGUUACGAUGUCAAUUCUUAGUUAUCUAUGUUUUACUUUUAGUAGGCUCUCAAGCAUGCAAUAAAUAUGUCAAGCAAAUUAGGAUAAACAAUAGCUAUUGCCAAUAUUGGAAGAAUAGGACAAAAAGGUUUAUAUGAUAAUGCUGAAAAAAUGAAAUUAUUCAUAGAAAAGUUUUUAUAAUUAGCAAAUGAGUUAAAAGACACAGAAAGUAUAAUAAAAGGACAUAUGAAACUAGGAGCAGUGUCUGCUUAAAUGGGAUCAUAUACUGAAGGAAAGAAUAGUUUUUUAAAGGCCUUAGAAAUGGUUGAGAAUGAUCGAUACUUAUAUUAAGAGGCUAAAUGCGGAUUUGCAAUUUCGAAUGCUGAAAUGAAUAUGGAUUAAUAUUUGAGAGAAUAAGCAUAAUUAUUAAAAUAAUGA